GGUCUGGAGGAGGUCACGUGAAAGCUGUCCUGAGCGCUCUCCGUGGCUGCUGGUCCCAGUAUGGUCGAUGACGCUGGUGCUGCUGAGUCCCAGUUGGGCAAAGAGACCCCGGCCCACUCCCUGGAGCAGCUGCCUAGGUUACCACUUCGGCCGUCACAGAUUUGUAUCCGGCCCUGGUGGUUUCCGGUGCAGGAACUUAGAGACCCUUUGGUGUUCUACCUGGAGGCAUGGCUGGCAGACGCACUCUUUGGCCCAGACCAAGCCAUAAUUCCACAAAUGGAGUGGACGAGCCAGGCCCUGUUGACAGUGGACAUAGUGGACUCUGGGAACCUAGUCGAAAUUACUAUUGUUGGACGGCCCCGUGUACAGAAUCGGGUGAAGAGCAUGCUCCUGUGCCUGGCAUGGUUUCACCAAGAACAUCCACCCCAAGCUGAGAAGAUGAAACACCUUGAGAAGAACUUGAAGGCCCAAGCAUCAGACCCCCACACUCCCCAGGAUUCUGUUGCUUAA